AUGGCACAUCCCCGCAGGGUCGUUGCGGAUUCAGAUGACGAUGACGACGAUGAGCGUGAUGAGGAUGAGGAGGUCGACCUGAUCGCCCAUGACGCAGCAACGCAAGGAGAUGAAUGGCAGCGGGAUCAUAGUCCAUCACAGCGACAGAAAGUGCCAGACGUAGCACAGCCACCGCUUAGCACGCCCCAGGCAGAGCCACUGAGCCCAGAGCACCGGCCUCGCUCCCGUCGAGAGGAGCGGCGACGGCGAGAAGAGCAAGGGGCAGAUUCGUCGUUCUCGAACGAAAACCAUGGCGACCAGUCGUCCGACUCGACGAGCCAGUCUGUAUUUGCACGUAUCGCGGCUGCUCAGCAGGAGAAGGUGCUCCAGCAAUCUCGACUGAUUGAGAAUAUCGUUCGCCAGUCGCAGAGAGUUGUUGGUGUUGGUGCUGAUGACAAUGGCAAUGGCAAUGGCGCAGAGGUCAAUGGAAUCUGGAAUGCCGACGAGAGCAGCAGUGCGUCUGGUCAGCCUCACGUGGUUUUGGGUUUCGACAGUACAGCGAGCUCUAUACCUGCUCAGGCGCGGAAACAUGACGAGUGGGACAUUCCAAGCAGCCCCGAGGCAGCCGAAGAGCGCUUGCCAACGAAAUCGGAAACCCGGCGCACGACUACCACCCGCCGGGCCAGGGAAAGCUUGGAAAGCAUUGGCGAAGAUGCGACUGAGGGCGCCUCAAAAGUGACAACAGACUCCGUGGAUGAUGAGCUUACGGGCCAUCUAAGCCUCCCGCAAGCAAAGAGGCAGCGGGUGUCCCUGCACGAUACACUCGGAGACUCGACCAAAGGCUUCUACGUCGCCCCAAGCCAUCUUACGACAAUGCAGAAACUCGAGUAUCAACGCGUCAGUGUGCCGCAAAACAGCUUGACUGUGGAGGCAACCAAGGGCACGCCAAUCAGCCAGCAAUUGAAGUCUAGUGGGGCCACGACGAUUGCGUACACGACACCGAGUCGAUAUGCGUCAUCGGGAGGUCGAUAUCCCUGGGAGUCUAGUGUGGUGGUUGAGGACGAAGGUGAUCAUGAGGUCAUCAAUAUUCCUUCCUCCCCAGACGUGUUUGCACAGGAAGGCCCAAGUAUAUUACCUCAGCUGGAGGCAGACUUGCCUGAAGCAGGGCCUGAAGCAAGCUUUGCGUCGCCGGUCCGCUCGAGCAUACGAGGCUCUGGCAAAAAGCGGAAAUCAGUGAAGAAAUCCGCAGACGACGAAGACGAAGACGAGCUUGCUGGCACGGAUGAUAUGUGGGCAUUUCAAGGCAAAGAUGAACCCGAAGAGGCAUACAGACCUCGUCCAAGCCGGCGUAGAAUGAAAGCCGCGUCACCGAACAAGGAUGAGACGCACGGCCACGAGAGCAAGCCAGAUGAAAAGCACGAAGAGGAUGAGUUGGCACUCACGAAUAACGAUGAGCAGACCUCAGCAAUGGGUCGCAAGCGUCGAGUCGAAGUGCACGAGGAUGAAGAAAAGACGCCAGAGGUAGCCAUCGUCCCAAAGAAAAGGGGUCGGAAGAAGAAGCAGCCACCUGCUGCAGAGAUGCCAGUGGAAGCAACUGUUGUCGAGGACGGAGCAGGCGCGCAACACAGUGAGCAGAAUCUCGAGGCUGGUCUGUCAGAAGACAUUGUCAACGAGCUGCCUGAAGCACCAAAGAAACGACGUGGACGUCCAAAAAAGUCGGACAAAGCUAAAAUAGCCAGCGUCGCUGAGCCUGGUGCGGAUGGGCAGGACAAUGCUGUGCUGAACACAAAGAACGAGGGCGACGAUCAAAAGAAUCGCACAGGGGUAUCGGCAGAUGAGGAGAAGCGACAUUCGCCAUCGCCGAAACGGACAGCGCUGGAGACGAAAGACGUCAAUACGGGCGGCUCACUCAAGGAAGUCCCCAAGCCAGAGGGCGAUGCUGGAGAGAUGAGUUCUGCCAAGCCAGUGGCAAAAUCAAGCACGCCCAUGGGAUUGCAGCGCACAGCUCAGUACCGAGUUGGACUGAGCAAGAAGUCUAGGAUCGCGCCGCUGCUAAAAAUCAUCAGGAAAUGA